AUGACUGAUCAGAAGAAGACUUGCGGUAUCUGUUUUGAUGAUGAUAUCAACGAUUUUCAGAUGUUUUCUGUUCCUGGAUGCGGUCAUCGCUUUUGUUCCCAGUGUGUGAAACGAUAUAUAGAAGUGAGGCUGCUCGAAAGAAGUUUGGUGAGAUGUCCACAUACUGGCUGCAAGUCUAACUUGAGUUUGGAAAUAUGUGAUUAUCUUUUGACACCUAAACUAAGAGCGAUGUGGAAACGUAAGAAGAGAGAGGAUUCGAUUCCUUUGACGCAGAGAAUUUACUGUCCAAACCGGAGCUGUUCGGCUUUGAUGUCCGAAACCGAGCUUUAUAAACCGAGUGAGGCUGGAGGCAAGAGAAUCUGCGUUAAAUGUGGUAGACCCUUUUGCAUCAGUUGCAAAGUUUCUUGGCACAGUUACUUGUCGUGCAGCUUUUACAAAAGACUACAUCCAAAUCCUACGUAUACGGCAAACGGUGGAAAGCUUAAAGCUCUAGCUAGAAAGGAAGGGUGGCGUCAAUGCCGAAAGUGCAAGCACAUGAUUGAGCUUUCUCAAGGAUGCGCCCGCAUAACGUGCAGAUGUGGACAUACGUUUUGCUACAAAUGUGGAGCCGACGCUGAAGGCUGCUCUCAUGGUCAUCUUCAAAUGCCACCGUUACCGGAUCUACCGCCACCACGGCCACGGAUAAGCUGGCCACGGCCACCACGGAAAUUAUUACUAUUUCUUUUGGGGCGUUUAUGA